AUGGCCAUCGACCGUCUUGUUAGCCUGAUCCUGCGCGGCGCGGAGCUCGUCUUCUCCGCCAUUGUCGCCGGUGUCAACGGCCAGUACCUCCACCACAACAAGGGUACGGGCGGCUCCCAGUGGCGCUUCAUUUACACCGAAGUCAUUGCGGCGCUCGGCAUCUUCUUUGCCUUGAUCUGGCUCAUUCCCUUCUCGAGCACCUUUACCCACUGGCCGAUCGACCUUGUCCUCAGCAUCCUUUUCUGGGUCGCCUUUGGCGUCCUUGUCAAUCUUGUCGGAAGCAGCUGCGGCGCCGUCUUCAACUGGAACAAUGUCCACCCCGUCCACGGCGACCAGUGCGGCAAGUUCAAGGCCACCAUUGCCUUUACUUUCCUGUGCGCCAUCCUCUUCCUCGCCUCUGCUCUGAUCGGCCUUCUCUGGACUCGCAAGCGUGAGCCCACCACCCACCGCCGUGCCGAAGCCGGCCACCACGGACGCUGGUACCGCCGCGGCAACCGCCGCAGCGUUGUCUGA